ACAGUGUCAACGUUCGAAGUGCCCAAGCCCACUGGCGCCGCCACAGGUUCCUCGACAUUCUGCGCAGCAGGCGGAGUUCCAAAGAUCGUCAAAGACACUCCCAAGAAUGCCUUCGCCAAGUUCCAGCAAAUGGACCAGGCUACCAAGCCGGCAAGGCCCAGCUUUAGCGUUCCAGUUCGCGGAGGACCUACACGGAGUGCGAGCGACAUCAAGGAGAUGCUCCUGAACUGGUGUAAAAGCAAGACCAAAGGAUACGAGCACGUGGACAUCCAGAACUUCUCGACGAGCUGGAACGAUGGCAUGGCGUUCUGCGCGCUCAUCCACCACUUCUACCCGGACGCCUUCGACUACGAGCAGCUGGAGCCCAAGAACCGAAGGCACAACUUCGACCUCGCCUUCCGCACGGCCGAGGAGCAAGCGGGCAUCUCGCCGUUGCUCGACACGGAGGACAUGGUGCUGAUGAAGAAGCCCGACUGGAAGUGCGUCUUCACCUACGUGCAGAGCCUGUACCGCAACCUCGUCAACAAGGACUGAUCCCCCGUCGUAGAGAACCGACAACUCACACAUAUCUAGUCUCUCUAACGUUUACUUUUAUCGUUGUAUUUUU